AAUCUGAUUUCGAGAAACACAUCUUCGGAUCAAGUUUAUUCUUCGUGUAAUUGCUUUGCAACUCUAGCAAGUGGUGAGCAGUCGGGUCGUUGCACAAUCAAAACCAAUCGAGCUGGACUCCCUCAAAUAGUCUACGAUGAAGGCAGCAAACGAGCCUGCCUAUCUGACCGUGGGGACGGAGGUCAGUGCCAAAUACAGAGGUGCCUUCUGUGAGGCAAAAAUCAAGACUGUUAAACGGAUGGUGAAGGUUAAGGUGAUGGUCAAAGGAGACACCACCUCGCAAGUUGUUCAAGAUGAUCAAGUGAAAGGACCAUUAAGGGUGGGCUCCACAGUGGAGGUGAAGAGUGCAGAGGGGAUCUGCAGUGAGGCAACCAUCAACAAACUCACAGACGCCAGUUGGUACACAGUGGUGUUUGACGAUGGGGAUGAGAAGACACUCCGCAGGACGUCACUGUGUCUGAAGGGAGAAAGACAUUUUGCUGAGAGCGAGACAUUGGACCAACUGCCCCUAACCAACCCAGAGCACUUUGGCACCCCCGUCAUCGGGAAGAAGGGAAACCGCGGAGGGAGGAGGUCAUCUCAGGCUCAUCCUGUUCAACUCCUCAGUGCGGACGAUGACAAGGAGUCGUCUUCCAGUGAAGAUGACAAUGAGGACAGGAGGAGGCUAAACGAUGACCUGAUGGGUAAAGUGGCCAGUGUUCAGACUGGGACAGAGCGGACAUCCUGGUACCUGGCCCUGGUGAUAUCACCCAGCUGCAAUGAUGACUUGACAGUCAAGAAGGACCAAUGUUUAGUCAGAUCAUUUGCAGACUCCAAAUUUCACACUGUGGCAAGAAAGGAGAUCCAUGAAGUGAACAUGGACAGCAUCUCUAAAGCUGAGUUCUCACCGAGGAAAGGGUUGGAUGGGGCAGUGCAUUUCCUCAAGACCAAGGUAGUUCCUGACAGUUGGAAGAUGGACAUGAGUGAGAUUUUAGAAUCCUCCGGCAGUGACGAGGAGGACACAGAAGGAAAGGAGAGUGACGACGACGAUGAGGAGGAGGAGGAGGAGGAGAAGGAGGAGGAGGACAAGGAAGAUGCCAAUGAUGAGCCUGAGGAUGAGGCGGACCCAGAGGAGAGGGAUCACUUCCUGCAGCAGCUGUAUAAGUUCAUGGAGGAUCGAGGGACGCCAAUUAACAAGCCUCCUGUGCUCGGCUACAAGGAUCUGAACCUCUUCAAGCUCUUCAGGCUAGUCUACCACCAGGGGGGCUGUGACAAAAUUGAAAGUGGAUCUGUGUGGAAACAAAUCUACAUAGACCUUGGCAUUCCCGUCCUAAACUCUGCUGCCUCCUACAAUGUGAAGACUGCCUAUAGAAAGUACCUGUAUGGCUUCGAGGAGUACUGUCGCUCAGCCUGCAUAGUCUUCAGGACCAUCCACCACAGCGAGGAUCCGCUAGCUUCCCAGUCCCAGACAGAAGAGAAGGCCGCCCAAAUCCCUGAGGUGAAGGAGUGCCAGGGUCCAACACCAUCCGUCAAAACUGAGUCUGCUGCGGCCAUGGAGGACAAGCCUGCCCAGGAGGAGGCAGAGUCGGGGAGCGAGAGUGACAAAGAUGUCUCUUCUCCCAGGGGGAGGAGACGGUGCACUGUGACCCCGGUCAAAGCUGAGGUGAAGGAGCCCUCAAAGCUGGAGAAGAUCAAAGAGAAGGAGGAGCAGAGUGGUGUGGGGGAGACCAGCGGAGAGGAGACUGGAGGUCCGAGAGACGGCAGCAGGUCAGAUGGAGGGGACACCCCGGGGAACAGACGCAGCCGACGCCUGGAGGAGUCUGAGGACGAGUUGGAGGAUGAGGAAGACAGCGAGAGGAGAGUCGGAGAAAGGGGUGAGGACGAAGACUCUGAAGACUCCGUAACAGGGACUAAGGUGAAGGUAAAGUACGGUCGAGGGAAGACCCAAAAGAUCUACGAGGCCAACAUCAAGAAGGCAGAGAACGAUGAUGGAGGAGAUGUCCUCUACCUAGUUCACUACUACGGCUGGAACGUCAGGUAUGAUGAGUGGGUCAAAGCAGACCGGAUAAUCUGGCCUGUCGACAAGGGCGGAACAAAAAAGAAACAGAAAAAGAAAGUGAAGAAUAAAGAGGAAGGCGAGAAGGAGGAUGACAAGCAGGGGAAGCUGUGUGGCUUGAAGCGAGGUCGCCCUCUUCUUAGAACCACCUCCGCCAGCGCCAACCGCAGCGUCUCCAAGACCCCCAGCAGUGAGGGGCGCUCCAGCAGCAAGAGUAAAUCUGAUGUAUCAGCCCUGCCCAACGGAGAGGGUACCCCUCGCCGACGCACAAGAACAACCUCUGGGAUGUAUGACUCGGACAGGGAUUCUACCUCCAAUGAAGAAUCGGGGAACUCGUCAGAGGACAGUGAGUCAGAGGAUUCUCCUGAGAAGAAGCCUGCGUGGGCGGAGAGGACGGACCCCGCCACGGCCCGUAAGCAGGAGGAGGAGGAGGACCGGAGGGUGGAGAGAGGAAGAGCAGAGGCAGCAGCCGCCGCUGCAGCCCAGGUCGCAGCCCAGGACCAGCCCCCCAGCAGCCCUCAGGAGAAGGAGCAGCAGGAGGACACGCUCCCUGAGAGGAGGGAGCCGGAGAAGGCUGAGGAGCAGCCCCAGGUGCCCCCCAUGACUCCUGAACCCGACAGAACUAAGGAGGAGGACCCCCCUACCCCGAAAUCCCCCAGGUCUAAAGCAGCACGUAGAAGUAACGUUCGCGAGCCAGAGAGGAACCCCAACAACGACACUGGCUCUGAAACGCCCACCAAAACCACCAUCACCACUCCCAACAACACUGAGACCGAGUCGUCUCCCUGCCCGCGCACCCUGAACAGGCAGGAUGAGCCCAUGGUGGUCCUUCAUUGUCUUCCAGCUGAGCACAUUCCCAGCAUCCCUGACCUUCCCACCAUGGACUCUGACACAGACUCAGCCACGGAGGAGGAGAUCUGCAGGGAGGAGCGAGGUGUGGCCAAGCGUAAAGCCACUGAGCAGAGGACGCCGGACAAGAAGGUGCGUCUGGACAGGAGGGAAGAGACGACCAAGAUGGCGUCGCCAGCCAGGCGGCCCGCUGACUCGCCAGCCAGGCGGCCCGCUGACUCGCCAGAGUGGAGGCUGGAGGCGGGGGGACAGAGAGGCGAGGAGCGCCUGACGCCAGCAAAGGGUAAAACAGAGAUGCCUGCCCUCACUCCGGAGGUGCAGUGUCAAGGGCUAGGAGAGGGAGGUGGAGCAGGAGGUCGACCCAGGUCGGAGCAGCUAGCCUCGGGGGUCGAGGAGGAGGUGAUGCCCCAGAUCGGCCCUGAGGCCCUGGUCUGUCACGAGGUGGAUCUGGACGACCUGGAUGAGAAGGACAAGACCUUAGCAGAAGACCUCCUAAUGAUGAUGAGUCAAGGGAAGGUCCAUGCUCCCCCUCCGUCCAAUGCCUCCUCCCACCAGACCCACAACAACCCUCCUCUGUCCUCGGGGGGCGCUGCUCCUCCACGGGUCUUCUCCCCCACCUCUGCCCCCAGCCCUGAUGAGUCUCACAGCACCAAGAGUGAGAGCGACGUCCCCAUCGAGGUGGACAGUGUAGCCGGGGAGUCUCAGGAGGGGCUUGGUGAUAACGAGUCGGCCAACUCAAACUGUUUUGAAGCUAGCACCAGCUCAAGCAACUCCAGCAUGUCACUACAGGAGAGGGACACCAAGGACAGAGGUCAGAAAAGGUUGAUGGACUGCCAUAUGAGUUCUUCUGCAAAGAAGCAGAAGCGAAACCAGAAACGGCCAAGCACAACAUCCAAAAUUGAUAAGAACGGAGCAGGGCACAGCAGUGACAGUGAGGACCUGGCUGUCAUGGACACCUCUAGUAAGCUGACUCCAGUGAAACACUCCAUGUCUAAAGGAACCCAGAAGCUGGUCUCUCCCAACAGUAAGGAGCUAGAGAAAUAUAAGCACAAAGACAAGCAGUCCUCCUUCCCCUCUCCUCGCACGUACAAGUGGACCUUCCAGCUCAAUGAACUGGACAGCAUGACAAGUGCUGAGAGGAUAUCCUUCUUACAAGACAAACUACAGGAUAUAAGGAAGUAUUACAUGUCACUCAAGUCUGAAGUAGCCUCCAUAGACAGGAGGCGGAAGAGGUUAAAGAAGAAGGAAAGAGAAGUGUCCCACACCACAGCGUCAACGUCGUCCGGCUCGUCAGACACUGGGAUGAGCCCCUCCUCUGCCUCUCCCACUCAGAACACUGUGGCUGUCGAGUGUAGGUGAUGACACGCCUCCUCCCCCAUGACGACCACCUUGCCCAUCUCUGCCUGCCAGCCCAGCAUCCCGCUGCCUCCCUGGAGACACAGGGUACAUCUGAAAUGGCACCCUAUUCCCUAUAUAGGGAAUAUCUUUUGGCCAGAAGCCCAUGUCAAAUGACCAGAGACCCUGAUCAAAAGUAGUCUACUAUAUAUGGCAUAGGGGUGGCAUUUGGGACGCACUCACGUACUGACACAUAGGAGGAAGCGCUCACGUACUGACACAUAGGAGGAA